CUGUAUGGGGGAAUUGGGGUCAAGCCCCACAGGUGCAGAAUUUACCAACACCAUGCUCCUUAAUCCUGGCAACGCUGAGUAAGGGCUUCCAUCUUAGCCUCCCUGAGCCAGCCAGCUGUCAGAAUCAGACUGUGGGCUAGGAUGGCCGAGGAGGAGGUUGAUGUGGACGAGGAGGAUGUGUUCCUUGCAUUUGCCCAACGUCCCUCUCCUCCCAGGGGUCCUCUGCGUCGGGCCAUGGAUAAGGCCUUCUUUAUCUUCCUGGUUCUCUUCCUGACACUACUAAUGCUGGAGGCUGUGUAUAAGCUGCUGUGGCUGCUACCAUGGGAAAAGUUUGGGGACUGGCUCCUGAGAACACCACAGAAGGAGGAGGAGCUGGAAUUGUGACCCCUGUCCUAUAAACAUCCUCUUUCCCUGCAACGGAGGUGAGAGGGGAGACGGGUGAAUGGCAAUAGUUGGGGGCCGGGGAGGGACACUUGGAUAGCUUACAGCAGCUAGCUGUCUUAAAAUUUCUGCAUCUAUACUCUGGGAAAUAAUUUUGAAAAACUUUGUACAAGUAUUUUUA